AUGGACUCCGCCCUCCCUCCACCCCCCGACGCCCCGCUCGCGCAGAAAGUCGCACAUGCGUGGAGGACGACAGAGACCAAGUGGUACCCCUUGCCCCUAGCGGUGGGCGCGCUGCUCCUCGUCGGGUUGGCGUGGAAGCAUGAGUAUCAGAGGAGGCGACGAGAGGCAGAGGUGACGCUCAGUGGAGACGGGGAGGUCCUAAAACUGCAAGGGCCGUGGCAGGUCCACGUACUAGGUGCCCUUCCGCUACGCCAACUAUCCCGUUUAUGGGGAUGGCUAAACUCCCACGAACUUCCCCUCUGGCUUCGCCCCUACGGGUACGGCUUCUAUGCCUGGCUAUUCGGUGUCAAUCUAGAGGAGAUGGACCCCGCGGACCUGAGUGCGUACAGGAGCUUGGGAGAGUUCUUCUAUAGGGGGUUGAAAGACGGUGCGAGGCCGAUUGCGGGUACCGAGCUGGUGUCUCCCUCGGACGGGACCGUCGUCCACCUGGGGGAGAUUCAAGCCAACCGCCGAAUAGAGCAAAUCAAAGGUGUUACCUACUCCCUAGAUGCUCUGCUCGGGCGAGGGCAGUCCUCAACCCCCGUGCUCUCUCCUUCCCUCCCGCCAAGGGAAGGCACCCAAGAUUCGGCCUUCGCAGAGAUAAACGGGAUCCCCUAUUCCCUAAUAUCGCUCAUGGGCUCUCCUUCCUCCAAGCCGCCAAACGCGCCUCACCGGCCCGCCACGCCCAUAAAGGCGCAAGAUCAAGGCGACCGGGCUAUCCACCAGCCCGUAGGGGAGAAGGUGCACCACAGCGUGCAGGUGGCGCAGGAGAUGGGCGCUCAGGCGGUUACGAGCCUGGGUCACACCGUGAGGGAGGGGAACAGUCUUUUUUACAUCGUUGUCUAUCUCGGGCCAGGCGAUUAUCACCGGUUUCACAGUCCCGCCAGCUGGGUCGUCGAGAAAAGGCGGCAUUUCUCUGGCGAACUAUUUUCCGUCAACCCCUGGCUCGUCUCUCGCCUCCCGAACCUCUUUGUGUUGAACGAGCGCGUAGCCCUGCUAGGAAAAUGGCGACACGGGUUCUUCUCCUUUAUCCCCGUCGGCGCUACGAACGUUGGGUCGAUCAACAUCUCCUUCGACACUGACCUGCGUACAAACGCGCACUCUGCACCUCCCGUGGGCACAUUCGUAGAAGCGAGCUAUUCGAGUGCUAGCGCUUUGUUAGGAGGAUGGCCGGCGGUGAAGGGCGAGGAGAUGGGAGGCUUUGCUUUGGGGAGCACAAUUGUGCUUGUGUUUGAAGCCCCGCAGAGGUGGGAAUGGAGCGUCAAGCCCGGGGAGAAGGUGAGAGUAGGCCAGGCGCUGGGGGAUCAUGCGCAUUAG